AUGCCCAUCUCCGACUACGUCUCUCCAGAGGUCCGCCGUGCUGCGCUGCUGGCCCUCGUCGUCAGCUCCCACUACCUCUGGCGACAGCUGGUCAACUAUCUCGUUCCCGACCCCUAUCUGGACGAGGUAUUCCACAUACCACAGGCCCAAGCAUACUGGGAAGGAAGGUGGACACAGUGGGACCCGAAGAUCACAACGCCGCCGGCGUUAUAUAUCUUCAGCUAUGUCGUCAAUCUGUUCAGAUGGGGCUGGGACCCGUCAGAAUACACACUUGACGCUGGGGAGCUUCGGCUUUCGAAUCUGAUCUUGCUGUAUAUGCUGCUGUUGGCUCUGUAUGUGUGGACAGCGGUCACAAGGCGUGAGGUGAACGAGCAGAGCGUUCUGCAGCGGGAGUAUUGCAUCCUGUCCUUUCCGUUGCUCUUCUUCUUCUCAGGGUUGUAUUACACGGAUAUUUUCUCGACCCUAGCCGUCGUGGUUGCCUAUUCUUUUUGGCUUGCUGGUUCCCAGGCCGAAGGAUGGUGGAGAGCCUUUUUCCAGGUCAUGCACUUGCUGUUCGGCCUAGUGUCGCUUGCAUCGAGGCAGACGAAUAUCUUCUGGGUCGCAAUCUUUCUUGGCGGAUUGCAGGUGGUUGAAACACUAAAGCAGGGAGUGGGCGACGACAAGAUCCAUGACCCGCCAAUCUCAGAAACAUACUUUGAGGACUUCUCGACGGUGAUUAUCUCGCUGGCUCAGCAUGCCCUGCCUAUUCUUCCUCGGUUGAUACUGGACCUCUGGCCUCAUCUUGCACUGCUUGGCUCCUUUGCAGCAUUUGUUGUGUGGAAUGGCGGGGUCGUCCUUGGUGACAAAUCCAACCAUGUUGCGUCUCUCCAUGGCCCUCAGCUACUUUAUCUCUUCCCAUUCAUCGUCUUCUUCUCGUGGCCAGCCCUGCUGCCUCAGGUUAGUGUGGUGCUAGGCAAUCUUCGAGCAAAUCUUCCUCGACCCGCCAUGUUCCUUGGCUUUACCGUUGUUGCCAUCGUUAUGGUACACCUCAACACAUUGGUCCACCCAUUCACCCUCGCCGACAACCGCCACUACCCUUUCUACAUAUUCCGCUACUUCAUUCUGCCACCAUAUCGGAAAUACCUUGCUGCGCCAGUGUAUGUUGCCUGCGGGUGGUUGUGCAUUGUUGCGCUUGGCCCUGCCUCUACCGCCGCCACCGCUCGUAUCUCUACGACCAUGAGCAAGAGCAGCGCCGAUGGUACACGAACAAUAGAGUUCGCAAGAGCAGACACAGUUCAUGUCUCUUUCGUGCUUAUCUUCCUCAUCUCGACAGCACUAAGUCUCGUGACGGCUCCGCUCGUCGAGCCAAGGUACUUUCUGAUCCCGUGGCUCAUCUGGCGUUUGCAUGUUCCGGAGCUCCUAGAGUCGGAUGCCGCAAAGGAGCACUGGGUCCAAAAGAGUAGCGGCAACAACACCAGCGAAUAUUCUUCAACAUUCAGUCGCAAGGUGCUUGAUACAGUGGCUAGCUAUGCGCCUUCUAUAGAGCUUCUGUGGUAUAUGGCCAUUAACGUAUUGACGGGGUACUUAUUCCUGUACCGACCAUUUAUAUGGACUCAGGAGCCUGGAAAGCUGCAGCGGUUCAUGUGGUAG